GCUGACAGGACACGAGUAUCAACUAUCAAGUACUCCUCCAAGGCUCGGUACUGGUUGCAGUGAACACAAAAACCCUAGUUUGGGUGUCCUCCCAAACCCCAGAAAACACCAAACCGAAAGGAAAAUGGCAGAAACAGGACAGGACGAAGAAGAACACACAUUACCAGUGAAGAGAAAGCCCCAAGAUAUUCCUGCAGCUGCAGAAGAAGAAGCUAUUUCCAAAUCCCUGGAAGACGAUGAUGUAAACAAGAAGCAAAAACUCGCAAGUACUGAUUCAAACAAACUAGAGGAAAUUGAAGAGGAGGACGAAGAAGAAGAUGAAGAUGACUAUGAAGGUGAGGAGGAUGAGGAAGACGAUGAUGAUGACGCGGAGGAGGACGACGAUGAGCAGUCCAACGGAGAGGCCGAAAUCGAUCGUAAGGGUAAGGGGAUUUUAAGGGAUGACAAGGGUAAGGGAAAAUUGAUCGAGGAGGACUCCGACGACGAUGAUGAUUCGAACAAUUUUGGAAGCGAGUCUGAUGUUGACAGUGAUACUGACCUCUCCGACGAUCUACUGGCUGAGGUCGAUUUGGGCAACAUUAUUCCCUCCAGGACUCGACGGCGUACCUUUCACUCUGGUCUUAAGAUUUCUGAUGAUCCCGCUAAAGGUGAUAAACCCUGAUGGUAGCGAUUCUUAAUUCAGUUUUUGAGCUUCCAAAAAGCUAUUAAAAUGAUUAAUUUCAGCUCAUCUCUCCUCGUAGUAGCAAUGUGGUUAAAUAGUUGUAUUCCUCCUGUAUUUUGACUUGGAUCUACAUGUCUAAUGUAGUUGGGGAAUUAUUAAUCUCUAUUUCUCUUGCAAUUG